AUGGGUCGGUAUUGCCGCUUUUUGACGCUGUUGAUUUUAUGCAGUACUGCAGUCUCCAUUGUUCUACUGGGAAGGCUGUGGAAACUCGGGCUGCAUGUGGCUGCAGGGCGGGGAAGUAAAGGAGAUGUAUUUGGCGGGAAAGCCGGUAGUGUUGGUGGACUCUUCGCAGGAGAGACAAGAGUGACUGAUUUAUUCGAGAAAGAAUUUCGAGGUCAAGACCGUAUGCCGCCCUCUGUUGAAACCAUGGACCAGAAGAAGACGUCACACACGGGGGACCCACUCCUAGAUUAUUUCUUGACAAUGUACCUUGACGGGAAAGAGAUCUCGUGGUACAGCGAAGUGAACAACAGGGGAAUUCUGAUGGAAGCUUUAAAGGAUUUUAUGACCAUGAUGCUUGAAACCGACGUUCAAAUCAAGUGGGACAACGAUGUGAAAAAGACGAACGGUACGGCCGUCAUUGCGUCCAAACCAAACACCGAGCAUGACAUCACUUUGUCCGAUUGGCUCACCAUAGUUGCAAAAUUCUCCAACAAAGGCGUUAAGUUGAACUUUGGCAGCACCCACUCAGUAAUGUAUGGCGUGCCCGUACUGUCAAAUCUCAGAACACUUCUACAUGCCCCGAUUUGGUUACAUGCAAAUAUUUUACCCGGUCCGAACAGCAAUGAUUUCACCGUGAACCACGAAACUUUUGUCAAGAUGAUUAGCACCAGUAGUCAGUUACCCAAACUAUCCCUAUCCCUUGGAUGGUCCACGGCAUGGAGCCCUGACCCCAUCCAACAAAGAUACAGUUGGCAACAAGUCAUUGCAAUGGCCAAAGUUUGUGCCACAACCAAGUUACCUGUUUCGUUUUCAGUGAGGGCUGUUUUCGCGGGAAAAUCAACCCGUCAGCUGAAGUGGUUGCUUAGCCUCGCCAGUCGGUUCACAGUAAACAUCUGGGCAGAUAAAUAUGACAUCAUUCCCGUUGCUGAACUCGUCUACGUCCGACAGGUCAUGGACCCCAAGAAAGUAUUCUACGACCUUCCCUCAAGCAUUCUGGACAAUAUAAAACAAGUUUCCCCAGGCACCAAGUUCUCCGUGAGUUCCGACGAUAAGAACGGUCCAGUCUGGAACCGGAACCUAUGGGAUCCGAUUCUUAUAAACGAGAACUCCAUAGCGUUUCUCGGCAAGGAGCAAGCCGUGUUGGACGGAUCCGGGAGCUGGCUCGUCUCAAAAGUUCCGUACAAACCGGAGAUGAAGACCACACGGACCAUAGUUGUAAGCGGGAGAGUGCAAUUUGUAGACGCCGAUACAGCCGCUCCGUCUGCAGGGAAAUCUGGAGUAUACAUCUACAUACGGAGCACUGGGGUAAAUCCGCCUGACCCGGCUGAAGUUCAAGGAAUGAGACUAAUGAUCUCACAGGACGGAUCGCUCAUGUUAUCCCCUUCAAACUUGAACCAAGCUGGUGCCUAUAACAUGCAAUCCACCGCUAAAUUACCAACAAGCGAUUGCUACGAUUUUCAACUGGUUGACAGAGGCGAAACGUAUCCGAUAUACUGUAAGGUGAAGCUACGACAAUGCGGACUGCAUACAGUAGACGGUGAUGGUGAAGCGGGAACCAGUCAGAAGGCGAGCGUUGAGCUUCAUAUGAACGUACCGUACGAAUCGGAAAAGCAGCUAUUUUAUGUCGCUGUUAAUGGCGGCAGCGACAAAAGUGCUGUUAUAAUUGACGGUCUUUCAGUGGACGAAAGAGUGAUCACGAACUAGUCGUCGGGUCAGUAUCAGGGCCCAAUUUCAUAAAGCUGUCCAGCAAAAUAUUACAACUUAACAAUAUUUUUGCCAAUCAAAAAUUGAAUGCGGCGGCAUCAUUAACAACAAUGUACAUGUGUUUGUAAACUAAUUCGAUUUUGGCUGGCAACCUGUUUCUGUUAAGCAAUACCUUUCUGUGCUUAGCAGGUUUGUAUGCUUACAGGCGUUAUGACAUUGGGCGCUGGUUGACGUUGGGGUAAGGGGGGGGGGAUGGAUGCUGUGCUGAAAACAAGUGUCCUUUGUUUGAUAAAAUGACAAGUGGCCUUAUGUCAUAAAGACGCAAAAGUGAUGUACUCUACUAGCGUGCUAGGGAAAUUUAUUUGACGAUGGGAGUCAUAGUCCUACAACUGUUGUCUUUAUUCAUGUUCUUGUAUAUUUAUUUGUAGAGGUGUUUGUUUGUUUGUUUGCUCAAAUUGAGAGAUUAAUUUUAAAUUUGAUGACAAUCUCUCUGCUCCGUGCAUCACGGCACUUCGUGGCCCUCUAUUGACUAAAGUACAUUAUAGCAACUGGUCAAUUAGACUGGUCCCCUGUCUUUAUCCGCAAGGAUAAGACAGGUAUGCUUUUCAGAACCAGUGAUUUCAUCGGAUACAGUAAUUUUAUUGGAUACACGUGCAGUGACGUAAGCUUCCUAUAUCUGUCUUUUGAUUGGUCCGACGUGACGGUUGGAAGCUUCACUUUCUCAGUGGGUGCGUUCGUUUAGCUU